UUUGAAAGCACAUUUAUGUCUAUUGUAACAUCUAUUUGAAGAAAUUGCCAAAUAUUUAUAGAAUGUGCAGCUAAAUUAAUACAUGUAAAUUUAAUUGGACCACACACACACACAGAGAGAGACACACAAUGAGUGAGAGAGAGAAGAAAGAAAGAGUGUGAGAAAGAGGCAGACAGAGACAGACACACACAGUUCCCCCAAAAUAGAGUCGGCUUUUGUUACAUUUGGCAGCCUGUAAUAAACAUACUCCCCUCUCCUUCCCAUGUCCCAUGGGUCAACGUUUUUUAAGUGAUUCGUCUUUCUAUGUGAUUUACAACAAAAAAAGAAGAAAAUUACGAAGAGAAAGGGAGGCAGUUCAACAGUAUUGGAACAUGGCCAAAAGUGUAGAACUUUCCUUGCGUUCCCGGAAGUGUUGCUAUAGCGACUGCCUUGGUUGGAUAAACGCACAGAGAAAAAGCAGAUUUGAUCAUGGAAGUUUUCUAACUUUUUUGAAAAGUGUCCUAAACUACUUUUACAACGUCGUUGACAGCUUAGGUUUCAAUUUCCGAAUUAUAAUGCAAACACGGUAUAAUUUCAAAAUAGAACAUUGACUUGAUAAAUCCAAGUUUUCAUACUUUGGCAAAUUAACUGGAGAGGAUGAGUGCAGAAUUCGCACCGCGGCAAAAAGUGACCUUCCUACCAGACAUCAACAAACUGGACAAACGCUCACCUGCCCAAGAGCAGACCAGUCCAUGGUCCAGGAUGCAGAAAAAGGGGAACGAAACUGAAACACCUCAGCCUACAAGAAGCCAGACCCCAACUGUUUCCAAGGAUGAAAUCGCCCUGUUCCGUAACAGCGUGAGGCAGAACGUCUGUGUAGAGAUGCUGCGCGGAGGGUUCCACAGGUCGUUCUCUGAGCUGUUCUCGCUGCUGCAGCGCUGGAAGGAGAUCAGGUUAACAGCAGGUCCUGGAUCAGCUAUCUGGCAGCAUAAAUCACUGGAGGAGCAGCCAGCCAAACUACACACACUACGACACUACCUGACUAAGGCUGAGACGGCUCUCAGAGCAGGUACACACUACGACACUACCUGA